GUUCUGAUGUGUAACUUGGAAAAAAUUAUGCCUCCAUCGUUUUUCGAUGUAAUGGAACAUCUGAUUGUACAUCUUCCGUACGAGGCUCUGACUGCUGGGCCCAUCUUCUAUCGUUGGAUGUACAGAUUUGAAAGAUUUCUAGGAGAGUUGAAAAAGAAAGUGACCAACAAGGCACACGUUCAGGCUUCAAUUUGUCAAGCUUAUAUUCAACAAGAAAUCUCAACGUUCUCAUCUUUUUAUUUUGAGCGUGAAGUCAUAACUAGAAGAAAGAGACCUGCCCGGAACGAUGACAUUGGCGAGGAUUUAUAUGAAAAUGUGGUUUCCAUUUUCAAUUACCCAGGCAGAGGUAGAGGAGCUUCGACUCGCCAUUACAUCUUGGGUGAAGAAUUAAAAAUUGCACAUACUUACAUCCUCAUGAAUUGUCCAGAAAUCAUACCAUUUUACAAUGAAUUUAGAGCUUCUUUAUCGGAACUUCCUGAUAAUGAAAUUGAUGGAUUGGUGGACUCUCACUUCGCAACAUGGUACAAAUAUCAAGUAUAUAGAUAUCAACAGACAUUAUAUAUAUCUUUAAGUAAUAUUUUUUAAUCAUUACCUAAUGUUAUCAUACUUUUAUUUACAGAUCGAUAGCCGUGGGAUUGUCGACCCUCUAUUAGCAUGGUUCUAAAAAUCGCUCUAGGCACCCGAUUAGUCCCCGCCUAGGCGCUAGGCGGUACUCGGGCGCCCCGAUUUUAGUCUAGGCGCUCCGACUAAUUGAAUUGGCGCCUAGGUGAAUUAGUCGGCCGCCUAAGGCGCCUAACUACCCGCCUAGAGCGCUUAAUCGGCCGCCUAGUCAUAUAGAUUCAUCGAACAUUUUAUUUUGCUUUUUAUUUUAGUAUUCUAAGAGAUAUAUGUAUCUUUAACUAUAACAAUGCAUAUGAAGAAAACCACUAGUUGUUGAUUAAUAUAAAUACUAUACAUGCUUUUAUA